AGAAAUGAGGCCCUUGCAGAAAUUGCUUCUUGUAGUUGCAACAGUCGCUGUGUUUUGCCUGCCCUGCCUUGGAGAAGAGAAAUGUGCCGGAGUUCCGGGAAUCCCCGGGACCCCAGGGGCGAACGGCUUGCCUGGAAGAGAUGGACGGGACGGCAUGAAAGGGGACCCAGGACCUCCAGGUCCUAUGGGCCCCCCUAAUGGCCUACCAGGUGCUCCUGGAAGAGAUGGACUUCCUGGUCCAGAAGGACCCAAAGGUGCCCCAGGAGAGAAAGGAGAGAGGGGGCCGCCUGGCCCAGAAGGCCUUGCUGCAUUUCUUGAUCCUGAAUUCCAGGAGGCCCUCAAACAUCUGCAGCAAAGGAUCGCACGUCUUGAAGGAGUUCUCCUUUUGAAAGGACUGAUAAGUAAAGCAGAGAGCAAAAUAUUUGCUACUGAUACAAAUGCAGUUAAUUUUCAAACCACGCUCCAAACUUGUCAGAAUUCUGGAGGAUCCAUUGCAAAACCCAUGAACCAAAAGGAGAAUGAUGCUGUCUGGGCAAUUGUGAAGGAGAACAACCAGUAUGCCUACCUGGGAAUUCAGGAAAGUCCAGUGCCAGGGCAGUUUGAGUAUCUGGAUGGGAUGGCUGUGAAUUAUACAAACUGGCGUCAGUAUGAGCCCAAUGGCAACGGAGCAGAAAACUGUGUUGAGAUGCACACCGAUGGGCUUUGGAAUGACAAGAAUUGUAACCAGUAUCGUCUCACUGUCUGUGAAUUUUAAGCACAUCUCUCCAAAUGCACAGCCAAAUGGAAACCAUGUAACCACUGUGGCCUUUGGGAAUUGUUCUCCGAAGGGACCCAGGAUAUUUGUCCGAAACAUCUCUCUUGUUCCCAGGGGUUCUGAGAGUAGCGAUGGAAACACAGCAGAAUCUGUUUCUUAUCUCCUGUAAUGGGCAGAAUCCUAGCUGUAAAUUGAAGAAGAAAAUAAUUUCUAGGGUUCUCGAUAAUUAUAAUAGAUUUAAAUGAUGUUGUGUGGAUUAUUACAGCUACAUCCGCCUGCUGCAUUAAAAUUAAUUAACCCA